AUGCCCUCUCUUAUCCAGCUGAUUAACUUUGUCAGUCGCAAGUCAUCUGUCACGGCCGAAAGUCUCAAGGAUUACGAAGAUCUUAUCGUAACAGUCAAAGCAGAUCUUGAGGCUCAUCUUGAAACCAUCGAUGGAAAGCUUGAGCAUAUAUUUCGGAAGACUGUUGCAGGACCCAACUCAGAUGCAUCUGAGCUACGUCUAAUCGAAGAGGAACGACUAAGCACGGAAAAAUGCCUGCAAAUCUGUACCCAGUUGUCCAACCAUAUUAGCCAAAUCCAGGCCACAAGUGAAUCCGGUAACAGUGCUCCCGGACCGCUCGAUUUCCAUUCCUUGCCCGAAAGAGUCACGAGCGAGAGUUUAUAG